AUGGAGAACGAAGCAGUCACCUACCGCCUCUCGUCGAUCGACCAGAGUCUCAUUCGAGCGUACGUGCGUUAUGCGCUGUGCUUCCCUUGCAAGGGCGAGGAGGAGGGCGUGCAAGAGAGGGUUGGCAAGAGUCUGAGGGAGAAUGUCAAGAGGGCUGUUACGUAUAUGCCGAUCUUGGCGGGUGGAGUCUACGAUCUUGAUGUGGAGGCGGAGGGAGAGAGUAGUGGCGACGACUAUGACGACGAGGACAGCGAUAGUGAAGAAGAAGGUGAUGGCUACAGCCAUGUCGACGAGCCGAAGGGCAAAGUCGACAGUGGGGAGCAAAGAGGCAGGGCCGAAGCCAGAGUGACCCACGCGCAAGUCAACGACUUCGAGCCGACGAUCAAGGUCCUGAGCGAUGAGGAGUUCCCACAUACCUACGAGGAGUUGAGCAAGGCCAAGAUGCCGGCGAAUGUGCUCAUCAACGAGGCUCUCACUCCUCUUCCGGAUUCGCCGAGCAACGAGGACAGUAGUGCUCCAGCCUUCGCUGUCCAGGCGAACUUCAUCGAGGGAGGCGUCAUUGUGUGCUUCUACGUUCACCACUCUGUGGCCGACCUCAAGGGUCUCGCAGAAGUGAUCCGCAUAAUGUCUGGGGUCCUUCCAAAGGUCAAGGUCCCAGAAACCUUGCAAGAAGACGCCAAACAUCAGGCUCACCUGCGUGACCGCUUGUCGGGCUCCAGAGGUGUCAAAGCCAACCUAAACGAGCAUCCAGAGUACGAUGUCGCCAUCAGAAAGUCGCUCGCGCCGAGCAAGGGCACCAGCCGUGUUCUGACGUUCUCUCGGGAGAUGCUCGAUGGGACCAAGGAGAUGGUGAGAGAACGCUUCCACUUCGAGCACGACGAGCCAGGCGUCCAUCUCUCCGGAUUCGACUGUCUCGCCGCGAUCCUCUGGAAGGCCAUCACGCGUGCCAGAUGGCCCACAAACUUGAACAUGAACGGCUUGAGGUCGAGGAUCUUCAUACCAGUCGACAUGGCCAAACGCAUGGAGCAAGAACUUCCAGACGACUUCCACGGCAACAGUGUCCUGUUCGGCUGCGUCGAUGACCCGGUGAGCCACUUGAUUGCGCCCUUCGGUGUCGGCACGCUGUCGGGUAUCGCUCGUCGUAUUCGGGAGGCAACCUCGAGCAUGACGGAUGCGAAAGCCAGAUCAGCCAUUGCUAUCAUCAACGAGGCUGAGGAUGUCAAGACGCUCAAUCAUCCCAACAUCGACUUUAGCACCGAUGUCUUCAUCACCAAUUGGGCCAACCUGCCCGUGGGCGACGAGACGACGCUAGGCUUGGGUUUGGGCGAGCCGGAGUGGACGAGGAAGGUCAGCAGGAAUCAGUCCGCGUAUGGAUGCGUGCUGCUGCCACUGAAGGAUGAUCCGAAGGUGUGGGAGGUGAUGGUGAGCUUGACCGACGAGGCCAUGGAGCGUCUGCUCGGAGACGUCGGCCUGGCGCCGUUCGUGCUUCACGUGGCGUGA